CGUGGACAUACCAAUUUCGCAUUUAUUAUUUUGGAUGUUAUGGAUAAAAACAGCACUCAUUUGGAUAGUUCAUGGCCGCCAAACUUUUGGGGUCAGAUGAUAAUAGCCUUCUCAGUGUCCAUGGUGAUUGGAUUGGUGAUUGGAGGGAUAAUCUGGGCUUUGUUUACUUGCCUGUCCCGUCGCAGAGCCAGCGCACACAUUUCACAGUGGAGCUCGUCAAUCUCUAGCCGCCGUUCCAGACCUUCUUCUCAGGGCCAUGCUGCCAACAGGACUGGAUUCUACCGGAACAACAGCUGCGAACGCCGUAGCAAUCUCAGCCUGGCCAGCCUCACCUUCCAGCGGCAAGCCUCCCUGGAGCAAGCCAACUCCUUCCCAAGAAAGUCAAGCUUCCGAGCCUCCACCUUCCACCCCUUUUUGCAAUGCCCUCCGCUCCCUGUGGAAACUAACAGUCAGCUGAUUACUCUGUCUCCCACCAGCACCACCACUACCCUUGUGGGGAACACCACCAACAGCUUAACUCGUCCUGAAUUCCACUGGUCCAACAACAGCCUCCGCAUCUGUCAUUCAACACAAACACCUCCUCCUGCCUAUGAGACCAUCAUUAAAGCUUUUCCAGACUCUUGAACUGGAGUCUUCCUUUAUUUCUUUAAAAGGAGGACUCUGUUGUCUGAAGCAGAUUUUCUGUAUGCUCUGAAGGCCUCUGGGAAGCUCCCUGGUGCUGCGGCAUGCCGCAGGCAAACAAAAGAGACAUGUGCAGAUGACGUUGAUUUGCUAGGGCAAGGUGUGGUAUCCUGCAGCCACAAGGAUCUUACCCUGCCCCACCCCCAACUUAACUGGUCUGCAGUGUAAUUCUGUAUCUAUAUUAUACCUUUAAUUUGUAAUCACUGUAAGGCUUUUAGUUUAGAAGAAAGAGAAACUUCUGCAGUCUACAAAACUGGCAACUUAAAUGAAGAAACAAACCACAUUAGGAACCGUCUGUUGAUAAUUGCUUACUAUUUUCCUGCAAAGUUCACUCAUUCAUUGUGUUUGUUAGAAAUCCUGUUUUUGAACAUUUGUCUGUGAGUCUUACAUUUUCAUUAGAUACUUUCCUUCAUCUUCAUCCUGGGUUGCUUCUAUGCUUCCUGAACCACAGGGUUUCCUAUAGCUCAGGAAUCCCUUGGCAGAAGUAGAGUUUAAAGUGAUUUUAGUGUCACAGUCUUGUGGCAGGUACCAGGGCCCCUGUUUUGAUAUUCAUAGGGGGCUCCAAAUGACCACUGCCAGUCCUGUUUACAAAAAAUUCCCAAAAAUAUAGCAAAAAAGAAGUAUCCCAAAAUGUGUGCAAUGGGAGAAAUGUCUAACCAACUGAAAAAAGAAUAACUCUAUAAAAGGACUUCAUCCUGCAACCUAGCAGGGAUCACAUUUUAUUACCCUAUAAGGUUACAAUGAUACUAGUCUUGGUCCCCAAGAUAAACAACAUGAAUGGCAACUAUUUUUUAUUUGAGCUUCCUGUUUCUGUAUGGGAACACUCAUUUCCUUUCUUUAAAUUGUUUCUCAAUUUGUACCAGGGUUUUAUCCUUCCUGGUGUGUAGUACAGUGAAAUCCUGCAUUUUGCUAAACGAAAUUUCUUAGACAUCUAGGGUGAAAUCCUGGCCUGACCAAAUUCAAUGUCAAAAUUCCCAUUGACUCCAGGAUUUCAACCCUUUCAUCUAUAAUUAUGAAACUGCUUUUGAGUAUGAAGAUGCUUAGGACAGAUUAAUGCCCAUUUUGGACUGUCAGACCUGUAGAGCUAUUAUAACAUACUGGCCAACUGGCUCAGAGGUGACCAAUUACACUCACAUGUGAGAAGUCAAAGCUUGGAAGCAACAGAUAUAGCACAGACACAUGGAUCUGCAAUGGGAGCUGGUUCAUUUCUAAGGUGGUGCAUUUGAACACAGAGAAGGGCAUUUCAGUUUAGAGAGUACCACCUGCUGUGCCAGGCCAGAUUAACGCUCCUGUGGGUCUGGGGCUAAUAGAUUUUAUGGGGCCCCUGUAUACAAGUCUUUUUCCUGGGAAGGAGUUUGGUGCAGGAGGGGGCUGGGGCAGGGGAUUGGGGUGUGUAACCGGGCAUCACUCACCCCUGCGGCGCCUCCUGCUGGUUACUUCUGGGAAUUAGCUCUUCCAGCUCCAGAGCGCCCUCCUCCACUGCAGGCCAGUGAUCUGCCUUGGUUCCUGCUACAGGCCCCGUGUCCCUCCCUGGACCCCGGUGUCCCUUUUAUGUGGGGUUCUGCCCCCUGGCAGCAACCCCUUUUCCUUAGGGGUUUCCCCUCCCUGGGAACACCCCACCCUCUAUCCCCACUAUGCCUCAGUGUAGGCUACUGCCAGUCAUUGUCUAGCCCCACGGCCUGGGGCAGACUGUAGUAUCAGCCACUCAUCAUUAGCAAAGGGGUUUGGACCUGCUGCCUUGGCCUACCCCUGGGUUGCACCCUACAACCCCAGUACCUCCUGGCCUAAUUCUAGGCCACAGCCUUGGGUUUUCCAGGCAGGAGCUCCCCAGCCUUUCCCCAGCACUGCUUCACCCUAGGUACCUGCUCUGGUUCUCAGCAGCCAGGCCCUUCUCCCUCUACAGGCAGAGGAAGACUUCUGGACUCCUGGCUUCUCUGCCCUUAUGCAAGGGCCUGUUGCUCAGUUUGAGGCAUGGCCCCUGCUGCUGCCACUUCCCCAAUCAGCCCAGGCUAAAAGGCUGCUUUCUCCAGCCCCCAGCCCUUAUUCAGGGCUGUUUUAACCCCUUCCGGGCCGGAGCAGAGACCCACUCUGCUACAGGUGCCAGAGGAGGUGUGGGGUCUGAGAGGGAGUUUGGGUGCAGGAGGGAUUCUGAUCUGGGGCAGAGGGAUCGGGUGGAGGUGAGGGUGCGAAGUGCAGGCUCCAUCCGGAAGGUGCUUACCACAGGCAGCUCCCAGACGGCGGUGCAGCAGGGCUCAGGCUGCCUGUCAUAGCCCCAUGCCACUCCCGGAAGGGGCUGGCUGCUAGCACAUCUCUGCGUGCCCCUUGGGGGGGAAGGGGAAGCGGGUUUCUGUACGCUUCCUGUGCCCACAAGCGCCACCCCGUAGCUCCCAUUAUCUGGGAACCAGCCAAUGGGAGUUGUGGAGACAGUGCUGGGGGCACGGGCAGCACAUGGAGCUGCCUCCUCUGCCACCUCAAGGGCCACAGAGACAUGCCAGUAGCUAGCCCCUUCUGGGAGAGGCGUGGACUAUGGCAGGCAGGCAGCCCGCCUGAGCACCCCUUUUAGUGGCCUGGAGAUUGCUUCCCCCUAAAGCCCCUGCCUUAAUCUCGCCCUGCUGCUGUGCAACACCACCAUUCCUGGCUUAUUAAGAACUCUUUGGUUCUUAUGGAGGAUUAUGGGAAGAGGUAUUAGUUACAGUGGGCCUGAUCCUUAGAGGGCCUGAUCUUGUGCAUGUACCGAGGACCUGCAAUCACAGUUGUGGUUAACGGGAGCAGUUCUCAGGAACAGACAAAGUGGAUAACACCUUAAACUUCCUAUAUGGUCAGCAGCAGCUGAGGGACUGCAUUGCAUUGCAUUGCAUUGCUCAGCACCUCUCAUGAAUGGGCCCAGAGUAACCAUAACUGCUCUUAUCGCUGCAGUCUCUAACCCUGCUAUUUUCUCAUUGCAACCAUUACUACUAAUGCUAAACAACCUGUCCUGCUCUCUAACUUUAAAGGCAAAUUAAUUUGCCUUUAAUCAGACUGACUGGCUUUUGUUCUUUUUAUGUGCAUUUUUUUUCAUUUUAAGAAGUUAAACCUGAUUGCUAGAGAUGCACAUUGUCCAUACAGAUUGCAUACAGCAUUUUAUUUUUAUUGUAAACUAAGAACAUUACUAUGUUGGAAAAUGCCAUCUGACUCCAGUGAUGGCAGGAUAUGGUCCUAAAAUAGUGAAUACAGAUGUAUUGUUUACCCUUUCCCAUAAUACAGCAAUCCGAACUCACCCAAUGAAAUUAAUAGGCAACAGGUUUAAUGAAACAAGAGGAAGUACUUUUUCACACAAUGUUCAGCUAACUUGUGGAACUCAUUGCUGUGGAUGUUGUGAAGCCAAAAGUAUUACUGGGUUCAGAAAAAAAUUACAUAGGUUCAUGGUCAAUUGGUCCAACAACUGCUAUUAGCCAAGAUGGUCAUGGAUGCAACACUAUGCUUAGGGCCACCCUAAAUGUUUGACUGCCAGAAACUAGGAGGGGAAGAUGGGGUGGAUUGCUCUAAAGUCUCCUGUUCUGUCCACACUCCCUGAAGGUCUGAUACUAGAUACUGUUGGAGUCAAAAUACUGGGCUAGAUGGACCAUUGAUCUGAUCCAGUAUGGCUGCUCUUAUGUUCCUUUGUAAAAGUAUACUCUUUUAUGAGAGCAGGCUUCUAUUAUUGUAUUAGAUCUUAUUGUUUUUAUUUAGCUUUUCAGUAGGCUUCACUGUACUCUAAAGGCUUAUAGUGUCUAAGUUCUCUCUUGCAGAUAAUGUCAUCUGUCGUAACAUUCCCAGGAAAAAUUGCAUCUAAUCCUGCCCCCCUCGCUCAUUGACUUUAGUGGUCUACUUGAAUGAGAACAGCAAGGAGGAUUUGGUCCACAGUGUGUAACCAAGGUGUUAGAAACGAUCAUUCCUUCACAGAGAAAUUAUUUUAAAAAACUGAAUACAUACUUGUGGGUUAUAAAUGCAGGAUUUGCAAUAGAGCUUUACAUGAUAUAUUAUUCCUUGUAUUACACUAUAUUUAAUAAGUAAUAUAGGAAGAAAAGCUAUAAUGUACUGUAUUUUUUUUCCUCUUGAAAUCUGCAUUGGACACAAAAACUGUUUUACAUUCCCUGGAUUAGGGAAGUUAAAAAUAUGAAAUAUUUUGUGCAUAACCAUUUUGGAAGUCAGCUGCUUAACUAACAGCUUAAACAAUAAUGGAUAUGAAUAUUUUGUUAGCAUUGUGAAAACUCUGAAAUGUGAAAUAAAGGUAGAAAUUAUAAUCUA